UGCUGUGCUCCAGCUUCUUCCUCUCCAGUCGCUCUGAGCGCAACAACCUGUGCGGAACUCCGUCCCUCCCUCCUCCACCUCAUCCCUCCAUCAUCCCUCCAUCUGCCCCAGAGGGGGAGAGGAUGAGCCGGCGGACCGACCCCUGCUCCUGCCGCUGAUUCCCUCCCGCUCUCAUGGUUCUCCUCCGGGCUGCAGGCAGAGGAUGCGGCUGCUCGUUUUCGCCACUUUACUGGGACUCUUCCUGGACGCAGGUGACGGCCUCCAGAUCCAGUGCUACCAGUGUGAGGGUGUCAACUACGACUGCUCCACUCCCGAGUUCAUCGUUAACUGCACAGUCAACGUCCAGGACAUGUGCCAGAAGGAGGUGCUGGUCAAACCUGACGGAACCCACUACAGGAAGUCAUGCGCGUCGUCGUCGGCCUGCCUCAUCACCUCCUCCGGCUACCAGCAGUUCUGCACCGGCCGGCUCAACUCAGUGUGCAUCAGCUGCUGCAGCACGCCGCUCUGCAACGGCGUCAAGAAGAAGCGGCCUGUCCUGUCGGCCGCCGCCUCCAGCAGGCGGGCCCUGCUCUUCCUCACACCGCCCAUGCUGCUCCACCUGACGUAGACGGGCCUCUGACUGUCGCGUAGAACCACGCAGGGUAGACGUAACUCUUUUUCUGGUUUGUUGCUCACGAGAGCAAAAAAAA